UCAAUCAAAACAAUCAGAAAAAACACAGUGGUCCUGAAAUUUAUAAAAUAUUCCACACAUCCACGUGUGUAAUUAUAUUUAUUUAUUUAAAAUUUAAUUUAAAAUAAGUAGCACAAAGUUAUGUUAGUUGUAAGCAGAAUUCUAACAAAUUUAAAGGCAGAACGCCUAAAAACAAUUUGUACAUUAACAAAUUCAACCAACAACUUUAAAUCCCCAGACGUAGUUUUUAACAUUUGCAAACGUUACAAAGGUUUUGCAGCAGCUAUGACCGAAGCUUUAGAAAAACUAGAACAUCAACAAGAGUUGAGAAAACAAGAAAAGGAAGAAGCUAUUGAAUCUACCAAAGAAAUGAAAAAGUUGAAACGAAAUCUUAAACGACGCAAAUGGGUCGACUGGAAAACGGAAGAUGAGGAAAAGGGUGAUGUUAAGAGAGCUCCCUUCAAUCCAGCCGAUCGAAUUAAACGCAAAAAGACUGCCAUUUUAUUGGGUUAUUCUGGGGCAAAUUAUUUUGGUAUGCAACGUAAUCCGGGCAUGCAGACCAUAGAGGAAGAAUUGUUUAAGGCAAUGCUUAAGCAUAAAUGGGUAACUGAGGAAAUGUUUGAACAGGCUCAAUUGGCUUGUUUUCAACGUGCAGCCCGUACUGAUAAAGGAGUAUCGGCUGCUAGACAAGUGUGUUCAAUAAAAUUGCCUGAAGAACUAGAUGUGAAUGCUUUGAAUGCUGAUCUACCCGAUCAAAUUCGACUAUUUGCCACAGAACGUGUCACGAAAGGUUUUAAUGCCAAAGAUCAAUGUAAUGCCCGUACUUAUACGUACACAAUGCCUAGUAUAGCAUUUUCCGAUUGCAAUGAAAAGGCGGAGUUAGAAAGUUAUCGUCUUUCAGAGGAAAGACUGAAAAAGGCCCAAGAAGUAUUGCAAAUGUUUGAAGGUACCAAAAACUUUCAUAAUUUUACUAGCAGAAAAAACUUUUUAGAUCCCUCAGCCAAACGUUAUAUAAUGUCGUUUACUUGCUCGGAACCAUUUAUGAGUCCUCAAGGUGUGGAAUUUGUUACGGUGAAAGUGAAGGGUCAAAGUUUUAUGCUGCAUCAAAUACGUAAAAUGGUAGGUCUUACUAUAGCUAUAGUUCGUGGCCACACAGAUUGCAGCUCUUUAGAAAGAGCUUUAACUGAAGAGCGUUUGGAUUUGCCCAUGGCCCCUGGCUUGGGUUUGGUAUUAGACACUGUGCACUAUGAACGUUACAAUGAUCGUUAUGGUCAGGAUGGCAUACACAAUCCUUUGACUUGGGAGAAACAAGAACCCGAAAUAAAAGAGUUUAUCGAGAAGAAAAUCUUUAAUAACAUUUAUCGCACAGAAUGUGAGCAGAAACCUUUGCUCGAGUGGCUAGAAACUUUACCUCUACACUCUUACGACACCAGAAAGGAAGAUAACAUUCCACCUGGCGAUGAAAAGGCCAAUAAAGAUGACGAUGACGAAUAGUGAGCAUUUCUCAUAUUGAAAACAAAUUUUAUCAUUUAUAGAUUAAGAUAUUCCAUAAUAUUUUUGCAUACUUUAGUUAUAAAAAAGUAGUAAAAUAAAAACAACUGGUUGGCGGAAAUAUGUUCCACAGCAUAAUAUUGAAA